GGCGUAUGCACAUAACUUCGGUUACUCGUAGUCUUGGUUCGGUUCGUGGGAAUCGUUUGUGACAGACAAAUAAAAAAAAACAAACAAAAAUACAUAAGCGAAUGGAAACGAGGACUGGGAUAGGCCUCGAAUGUUAAUGUGUUGAAAAUAUUCGAAUGUAAAUUAAAUGUUCCUGUGGAUAUAAUGGCUGAGUGAGGUCUACUAUUUCAUCGCAACCCAAACAACAUGGGCGUCGUGUGACCUGUAACCACGCAUCGCAAUCGACUGUACAACCCACGCCUGAAUCAGUAGCUCUUGUGCCGUGUUCCCUUAUCAAUUGAUGGAAUAAUAGUACUUGUUGGCCAAGCUAAUGAAUAAAUGAAGUGCGUGAGUCUGAUAGCGGAAAGUAACAGUGUAGUGUAAAGUGUGCUGUAUUAUGUAUCUAGAUGUGUGUAUUUGAAAACACCGCAGUCUGUAGUGAAAAAUGAGAAAGCGUCGGAAGAAAAUUUUAUUAUGUGAUAGCAGUGAAUGAAGAAUUGAAUUAGAAAAUUUAAUUAUAUUCUUCGCCGAUACCCAACUGUGGACCUAAGACGAUAGGUCAUUCAUUGCAUGGCAAACGAAUCAAAUGUUUUUUGAUGUUGAAAAUAAGGUAGAAAACGUGUUUGAUUUGAAGAUGAUCGAUUCGAAAACGAUACGUUCUUUAAAUUAUUAGUGAGGAAAAAGUGAAUAAUUAAUCAAUACAAUGCAUUCAGCAAGCAUGCGGUCAGCCAAAUUUCAACUGAUCUUUGCAAUCGUGAUGGUGUACGAAAUUCGUAGAAUUGAUACACAGAACCACGCUGAGCAGUAUCCAGCUGUUUUCCAUCAUUCUGUUGCCGGAGCGGGAACAGUUGAGCUUCCCAGCGACAAAAGUCGUUCGUUUAUUGGGGAAGUUAGCAAUAACGCUGAAUCAAGGGCGCUUCUAGCAAGUAGCUUGAGUAAACAAGAUGUUAAGAAUAGUUCCACUGGCAAUGAGACAGCCCUCACAGCACGACUCCGACGUUCGACCGGUGGUUACACUGCGCAAACCGGAUCUCAGAGCUUAUGUAACAAGGAAGGGUGUAGUUGCUUGGACCAGCAUAUCCUCACGAUCGAUUGUGAGAUACUCGACAGUGACACUACGUUGGCAGACCAAUUUUACAUUCCCAGAGAGGCAAAAAGUCUCAACUUGCAGUUGACGGGCCGACGAACGAGAUUGGUGAUCGAUACGAAACAAUUUUCAAACAGUUUACUAAACCACGUGCUGAUCAUGGGUAACUUUGCCGGUGGAGAUGGCUGGGAACAUGUGGAAUUUCUCAAAGAAGCGUUUUGCCUGAAUAAUGGCACCUACCCGGAGUUGGAAGUGUAUAAUGUUCACACUGUUGUAUUUCAUAGGCAAACUUUCUGCCGAGAGUUCAAACUCAAUGUGACUAGUGCUAGAGAAGUAAUUAUAAUGCCAGAUGCAUUUUCCGUUCCGGAGAGUGAAAUUCUACUGAAUGGUGUCAAAGAGAUCAGAAUCCAGGAAGAUGCAUUCAAGGGUUCGAUUUCAACUAUGCUCGACAUCUUCAACAGCGGUAUCAAAAUGCUGUCGGAGCUACGGGCAUCCUUCCGGCAGAUACAGUUUAUCAACACCACAAUCGAACAGAUCUCAACGAAAGCAUUUGAUGUAAACAAAAUAGAUUCAUUGAUAUUCAAAAACUGCGAUAUAGGCCUAUUGAUGUCGCAAGCCAUAACCGAAAAGCUUUUGUGCAAGUACUUUACUAUGGAAAAUUGUAAGAUAACUGCUAUUGAAAAAAACUUCAUUGCGGAUAGCGGACUAAUAAAUUUCAACAUGCAAAAUAACGUCAUCAACGAAAUCGCAUCUGACGCCAUCCGAUUCACAGGGAUUUUAAGCAAUAUAAGCAAUAACAAAAUUAUAAAAACUGGCAAGAAUUGGUUCUUUCAGAAACCUGACUGGACAAGUGUAAUCAUUGCCAAUAAUUCAUUCGGAGAAUUUAACUAUUUUACCAUUGAGAAAAGCACAAAUUCGGAGGUAUGUAAAUUCCAUGGUAAUUCGAUUACACAACCUGCCUUACGAAGCUUCAGUUUCACGCAACAUCCAACGUGUACGUUGAGUGAAACAUCAUUCAACAAACAGUGCACCUGUGACGAAAGCUGGCUAAAGGACCUGUACUUUCAAGACUAUGAAAAAUUAUUGAGGGAAAGUUAUUGCCGAAUCGAAGAAACGCUAAAGUUCUGUUUCAAUACUACAACCUUCAAAGUUAAAACGUACAUGCAGCAGGUCUGCAACGAGUCGACCCGGACAAUCGAUUGCUCCCGUAGUCAGAAAGAGAAAAAAGUAGUGCCACAUUUUGUUAGUCCCAACGAAAUAGAAUCAAUUCAGUAUAAAAAUUAUUAUCAGUAUAUAAUCCUUGCAGUAACUACCGUUGUUUUGUUGGUUAUAGUAGUUUUGAGUAUUGCAUUCUUUAAAAUGUGUCGCAAGCAGCGAGCAACUAAUCCUGCAGACAUAGCUUCGAAUGCUUCAUUCACCAUGACCCACAAACAUUCAAAAACUUUCACAAAAGAAGAUAAGACAAUUAUUCAUCAGACGCUGCAAAAGAUUAAAGACAAACAGUCGCAUGACCUGUAUGAGGAUAUAUUGACUCAUACGCGGAAGCUUCUCGGUGGCGACUUCACCGAGACAGAAAAGGUACUAACAAUAGGUGAAAUCGUGCGACGAUUGAAUGACUGUGAAAAUAGCGGAGAUGACUUCGUUGCCUUUACGGACAUUCUGUAUCGACAUUUGGCUCCGAGUAGUAGCAAUACACCGUUGGAAACAAUAUAUACUGAACCAUCCGUCCCUGCAGAAGGAACAACCGUGAUUGAAGCAACUGGAACUCCCGAUCAUAUUUAUGCGGAGCUGACAAGUGCGGCACAACCGCUACUAAUUAAUGAGUAUUCAGCACCGAUGGAUCUGAAUGACUCGCAUUACUCCGAACCGGUUCAGAUUAUACAAAAAGAUAACACCCGUACACUCAUAACUCCUUACGCCAUAGGGAACAAUAUUGGAUCAUCCGUCCAACAACAGCCGAGUACGUCGAGAAAUUUGCCCGACAUCUUAAAAUCAAACCGUGGCAACAGCACUAGUAGUAGUAGUAGCAACAAUAGCUCAUCAGAUGCCAUAACUCACUCUGAGCCACUUAGAUACAUGGAUAGAUCUCCAAACGGUAGCAGAGAGAUUCCUGAAUAUACACUGCCGAUUAAGAAAGUGCCACCUAAAGCUAUCCUCCGCCGAGAGCCUGCUAUCGAAUCCGAUAGCUCAACAUCAUACUCUGAUCAUUCGGAGCACUCAGGUGGAAGUGAUAUUACUGUGAAAAUAGAUGACAUAGUAGAAUAUGCUGACGCGUGACAAGUGAUCGAGAUUGAAAAGAAGAAUUUUUAGUGUAUUGUUACAGUGAAACGUCCAAAAACAUUGUGUUUGUAUUGACAUAGUAAAUAAUAAAAAAGUGAUAUUAAUUUAGUUUAGAAUCAGGCAAUGUAAUUUAUAGGUUCUAGGAUAUUAUCGAAUUAGAACGUGGUACCAUAAAUAAAAGAGAUGUAAUAAACGACUACUAAUUGGAAGCAUUAUUCCAAUUCAAAGAUA